GGCUCCCUGCAUACUCCAACGACUGGUGUGUGGGCCCAUCUCCCAUCCCCUCCUUAUCGCCAGUAGCACCGGCGGUUCUAGGGAGGGAGGAAGCAAUCAAUGGCCGCUCUCCGCCACCUUCCGGCCGGCCCCACCUUCCACGGCGUCGCUGCUCCCGCCUCCUCCCUCCAGCUCCUUCGCCCGUCCUCCUGUCCCGCCGGUGCACGCCUCCUCCGCCUUGCGCCACUCCGCUCCCGCUUCACCCGGGUUUAUGCCUUCUCCAGUAAUGACAUCAGGGUCGGCAGCAACGUCGAGGUGGACGGCGCGCCCUGGAAGGUUAUAGAGUUUCUCCACGUCAAGCCUGGAAAAGGUGCUGCUUUUGUGAGGACAAAAAUGCGCAAUUACAUCACCGGCAACACAGUUGAGAAAACCUUUCGAGCAGGAAGUACGAUACAGGAAGCAUCCCUUUCAAAGGAAACCAAGCAAUUUACAUACAAGGAUGGCUCUCAAUUUGUGUUCAUGGAUUUGACAACCUUUGAGGAAAGUCGAUUGAACGAAUCAGAUGUUGGUGACAAGCAAAAAUGGUUGAAAGAGGGAAUGGACUGCAUUUUGCUGUACUGGAAUGGACGGAUCAUUGAUUUUGAGCUCCCCAUCACCGUUAGGCUGACAGUGACUGAUACUGACCCAGGGCAAGGUGACAGUGCACAAGGAGGAACAAAACCGGCAACCCUGGAAACUGGAGCUGUUGUCAACGUGCCCUCUUUUGUGAACGUAGGUGAUGAUAUCCUUGUUGAUUCAAGAAAUGGCCAGUAUAUGAACCGAGCAUAGAGGAUUGAAGAAGAUCCUAGACAUGAAGAGAGCAACAGUUUUUUGUUCCUCCAUUUUGGCCCAUGCACCUGUACGAAUAAUCUGCAUCUUGUGUGCCCCCAGGAAAUUUACAUUUUUCGUUGCAUAUGUAUCCUUCCUUGACACCAGGCAUAAAAGGAAAACUCUGCUGGAAUUCUUCAA